UCCUUUUGACGGCCUGUUGACACCUCUAGCCUACAGAGCCUCCAUCGGUGGAACUGAGGCUCCGGCAGCGAAUAACGGCGGAAGAGAGUUCCUGCUGUGAAAGCCGGUGCUCAUGAAAGAGGGAGCCACACCUGCACAGACGUCGGCGGGAACAGAGCUCAAUGUGUUUGCAAGAUGUCCUCACUCUCUGCAUCUGAAGCCACCUCAGUCUCUCCAUUUCUCAAAUCGGUGGCCCAGCCAGGCUGUGCUAUGUCAUAGUCCUCUGCCAAGGGCAGGGAACCAACGGAGGAGUUCCAAGGCUGGACAUUGUUGCUUGUGCCCCGGGGUGGGGUGUGUGUGUGUGUGUGUGUGUGUGUGUGUGUGUGUGUGUACCUUAAGAGUAGGCAUUGAGGGGUAGAAAGUGGGAUGAGAAUGUUAGGUUGGAGCCUAGGGACAAAGCUCACCCAGCACCUUGGGGUCUCUCAGAGAUGCAGGGUUCCCCUGGAGCAGAAGGAAGCGUGGGAGAAUGGGAGUAGCAGCAGAAAGCUUUGGGGAUGGCAAACGGAGGUGCAAGCAGGAAGGGACGGAGGGUGCAGCAGGCCGAAGGGGGAACAAGAGGCUAGAGCAUGUGGGAGGAGGUGGACACUGGGCAUCACAGGGAGGGGCAGAGAGAGGCAAGGGGGGUGUGAAACCUGAGACACUAGUCUCAGGGGUUGGCAGGAGCUAUAAAAGGAGCCGUUGAACUAUGUGGAGGACAGUCCUCGGGGAGCACCAUUUGUGCUUGGGGUGUUCCUGGAGACUCUGGGGCAGCAGCUGCCGGCCGUAACCAGGCACUCACACACAGGCACACAUAAACACCCAGACAUAAACACGACACCUUCUCGGACCCACACAGACAGACGCGAACGUGAACACCUGGAAACAGACCACAGAGACAGACACAGACUCUUCCCCCAGGCCCAGCCUGGCACUUCAUAGACCCUGCCGCAGAGAUGCCUAGACAACACAUACAAAUGUCCAGGGACCUUCCACCGUGCACACAGCCGGGGACCCUCCCCCCUGCCUGGAAAGGUGCCUGGACACAGAGCCACACCUACCUCCCCUUGCUCUGAAACACAGGCCCUAGGGACGCCCAGGUUCAAAGUUUAACUCAAGAGUGACCCUUAGGUCAUUCCAGCCCCUGCCAUGGUGCAUAGUUUGUGGCACAUACUUUUCUUAUUCAGGACAGGGUUUCUCUGUGUAGCCUUGGCUGUCCUGGGCUUGCUCUGUAGACCAGGCUGGCCUCGAACUCACAGCGAUCUGUCUGCCUCUACCUCCCUGAGUGCUGGGAUUAAAGGCAUGCAAUACCACACCUGGCUAUGGCACAUACUUUUCUAACCUUUACCUCUCCAAAUCUAUUGGCCUGCGGGAGAGUAGCUGUGUGUGUGUGUAUGUGUGUGUGUGUGUGUGUGUGUGUCUGUGUUUGUCUUUCUGUCUGUGUCUGUCCAUGUCUGUGUAACUGUGUGCUCAGAGCACAGGCUGAGCAAUGGGCUCUGUCUCCCUCACCCUCCCUCUUCCCAACAGGUGACUGGAGGAAUGGAGCACUCCCCUCCCCCACCCAUUCCUGGGCCUGAACAAUGCCCUCUCCAGGACCCAAAAUAGCCCCUUGAGCAGAGCCAAUGCCCUUUUAUGGCCAUGUCCCCAUUGUGCAUGUUAGGGGUGGGGCUGGGGUCAUGAGGUAUAUGGGCAGGAUAAAGCCCAGGGUGGCUGGAGGCUCACCUACCCUAUUCUCUUCAUCCUUCCUUCUUCCCGCCUCUCUGUGAUUACAGCUCCAAUGGCCCCCAAAAAGCCAGAGCCCAAGAAGGAUGAUGCCAAGGCCGCUGCCCCCAAAGCAGGCCCAGCACCUGCGGCUGCACCUGCGGCUGCACCUGAGCCGGAGCGCCCCAAGGAAGUGGAGUUUGAUGCCUCCAAGAUUAAGAUCGAGUUCACACCGGAACAGAUUGAAGAGUUCAAGGAGGCCUUCCAGCUGUUUGACCGCACACCCAAGGGCGAGAUGAAGAUCACCUAUGGGCAGUGUGGGGACGUCCUGCGGGCUCUGGGUCAGAAUCCUACCCAGGCAGAGGUGCUCCGAGUCCUGGGGAAGCCCAAACAGGAAGAGCUCAACUCCAAAAUGAUGGAUUUUGAAACGUUCCUGCCCAUGCUCCAGCACAUCUCCAAGAACAAGGACACGGGCACAUACGAGGACUUCGUGGAGGGGCUGCGGGUCUUCGACAAGGAGGGCAACGGCACGGUCAUGGGCGCGGAGCUCCGCCACGUGCUGGCCACUCUGGGUGAGAGACUGACAGAAGAUGAGGUGGAGAAACUGAUGGCUGGUCAAGAAGACUCCAAUGGCUGCAUCAACUAUGAAGCAUUUGUGAAGCACAUCAUGGCCAGCUGAGCCUCUCGCCGGAAGCCCAGGGCAGGCCAAGCUGGGGACAUCUCAUCUCGUGACUGUGAUGCUGACACCAGGUCUGGAGCUUCAGGAAGGAAAGGAGUGGGCCAGACUCCUGCACUUGGUCCCAGAGCGCUCUGGUGUGGUUGUCUUUUCUGACCCCUGUUGGGAUAUGCUUGCCUACCUGUGAAUGGCCUUUCUGUCCCCACCCUGUGGCCUUAUGAAUAAAUGAUUUCCUUCCUUCUUC